UGGAGGGGCGGCCGGGAGGGGCUGGGUCCGCGGGGGCCCCCGGCCGAACCGAUCCAAGCCGAGGGGAUGCCCCGGCUCCGGUCCCUCCCCCCAUACCCUACAGAUGGAUCCAAAAUAAUCCCUCCUGGCGGUCGCGUCCCCAUAGGAUUCGCCCUCCGACUCUAGUCAUCAUUCAGACCCUACUCUGGAGGGGCUGGGCCUCAGAUUUGGGCCCCAAAUACCAUCUCACUCCUGACUACUCGUCUUAACCACUGCUCGCCCGCUUCCAAGCCUAGCCCCGUUCUCCCCCUGAACUCCCACCCUGAGCCCUGAAAACUUGUCUCGAGACCCUCAACUACGCCCCCAUUUGUGAACCACCCCUACCCUCUCCCUCACCAUACACCCCUUCCUCUGCUCAGUCUGGGCCCAGACCCUGUGACCCUGAAGACAUGGAGUUUGUUUCUGGAUACCGAGAUGAGUUCCUUGAUUUCGCUGCCCUCCUGUUUGGCUGGUUCCGAAAGUUCGCGGCGGAGCGCGGGGCUGCGGGGUCCAGCCUUGAGGGCCGCUGGCGCCAGCUGGAGGCUCAGAUCAGAAGGCUGCCCCAGGACCCUGCCCUCUGGGUGCUUCACGUCUUGCCCAACCGAAGUGUGGGCAUCAGCCUGGGGCAAGGGGCAGAGCCAGGCCCUGGACUAGGCCUGGGGGCUGCCCGGUUCCUGGGAGAUGAACCCCCACUCCACCUUCGAGACCUAAGCCCCUAUGUCAGCUUUGUCAGCCUGGAGGAAGGGGAGGAAGAGGAGGAGGGGGAGGAAGAGGAAGAGAAUGGAGAGGAGGAGGGUGCAGGCCUGGAGAAAGUAGACCGUGAGGAAGCUGGGGAGCCAGUCCCCGCCAGCAGGGAGUCCCCCCAGGAAGCAAACCCUCCAAGGGAGACAGAGGAGGCUGCGCAGUUGGCAGGAGGCGGAGAGGAUGGUUGCCGGGAGGACAAGGCAGAGGAUGAAGCCGGCCCUGAGAGGAGGAAGGGGCGGAGAAGCGAGGCCGCCCCCCUGCAUCUUUCCUGCCUCUUACUGGUUACUGAUGAACAUGGCACCAUCCUGGGCAUUGACCUGCUGAUGGACGGAACCCAGGGGAGUGCCGGCAAGGCCUCAGGGACCGAGAACCUGGCUCCUCGGGCCUACGCUCUCCUCUGCCACAGCAUGGCCUGCCCGAUGGGCUCCGGAGACCCUCGAAAGCCCCGGCAGCUCACCGUGGGAGACGCCCAGCUGCAUCGAGACUUGCAGAGUCUGGUCCCGAGGCUGGGAGUGAAGUUAGCCAAGGCGCCAAUGCGGACCUGGGGUCCCCGGCCAGGCUUCACAUUUGCCUCCCUCCGGGCUCGAACCUGCCACGUCUGUCACAGGCAUAGCUUUGAAGUGAAGCUGACACCUUGGCUUGCAACCUUCAUGGAGCGGGCCGGGGAGCUGGCAACUCUGCCUUUUACCUACGCCGCAGGCACUAGGAAAUAUUCAUUCUCUGGAGGACCAGAACCCGGUUCAGAGCCAAGGAACUCGAGAAGAGCUAGAGCCUGGGGUUCUAGCCACCAGGCCCUCAACUGCUCCCCUCCUCCUCCUCCAGAGGUGACCAGUGAAACCUUCAACAAGGAGGCCUUUCUGGCCUCACGGGGCCUCACUCGCGGAUACUGGACCCAACUCAGCAUGCUCAUUCCAGGCCCUGGCACCCCCAGGCACCCCCGGGGCAGCGCACCAGCCCUCAGCCUUCUUCUCAGUGGAGAUCCCUACCAGCUUCUCCAGGGGGAUGGGCCUGCCCUGAUGCCCCCUGUGCCCCCAGAUCCACCCAGGGGCCUCUUUGGCUCAUGGCAGGAUUACUACACAUGGAGGGGCCUCGGCUUGGACUCCCCCAUGGCCGUGCUUCUCACCUACCCGUUGACUGUGUAUUACGUCAUCACACACCUAGUGCCCCAAUCCUUCCCUGAGCUUAACAUCCAGAACAAGCAGUCACUGAAAAUCCAUGUGGUGGAAGCAGGGAAGGAGUUCGACCUCGUCAUGGUGUUCUGGGAGCUCUUGGUCUUGCUCCCCCACGUGGCCCUGGAGCUGCAGUUUGUGGGUGACGGCCUGCCCCUGGACAGUGACCAGCAGCAUUUUACCUUGCAGAGGGAUGGCCCAGAAGUAUCUGUCCGUCCGGGUUCUGGAGUAUCUGCACGGCUCAGCUCUAGCACUAAGGAGAAGGGGGGCCGAAGGGACCUGCAGAUCAAGGUGUCCGCACGGCCCUACCACCUGCUCCAGGGGCCCAAGCCGGACCUGGUUAUUGGAUUCAACUCUGGCUUCGGUCUCAAGGACACUUGGCUGAGCUCGCUGCCCCGGCUACAGUCCCUCCGAGUCCCGGCCUUCUUCACGGAGAGCAGCGAGUACGGCUGCGUGAUGGACGACCAGACCAUGGCGGUGGCCACCGGAGGGGGCACCAGCCCCCCGCGGCCCAACCCCUUCCGCUCCCCCUUUCGCCUGCGAGCCGCGGACAACUGCAUGCCCUGGUACUGCAACGCCUUCAUCUUCCACUUGGUCUACAAGCCCCCGCAGGGGAGCGGCACCCGCCCGGCGCCCGGGCCGGUGGCCCCGGUCCCGGCCCCCGCCGCGCCCCCCGCCCCCGCCCGCAGGCGCCGAGGGGAGAAGAAACCCGGGCGGGGGGCGCGCCGGCGCAGGUGA